GGUCUAGAAAUUGGAAAUCUGGAGACUAGACAGUAGACUCGUGAUCUAGAAUCUAGAUCUUCAUCUAGAUCUAGAUAGAUAUAAAAUUAAAAAUAGAUCUAGAGUCUAGAAUAUAUCUAACUAAGUAUAAAUAGGCCUAAAUGUACUAAAUGACGCUAAUUUUUGUGUAAACUAAACUCAUUAUAGGUCUACCAUUGAAGUGUCAAGUAUUUGCAAUUUGUUGUAGUACAACACAUUACUAAUUGCUCAAGGCCAUAAGUACUCUGACAUCAUGAAGAGAGCCGCAGAAUAUUUUCAACUUUCCACUUUACUGCAGGACUACCCAAAAUUAAUGUUAACAUUAUGUUUUGGUGGAGGAUUUAUAGCUGCAUACUGGAUGUGCAGGCGCAGAAAAAUUCCAGCUGUAUCUCAGGGAAGUCUAGGUCAGGGGGACAAACCAUUAGUCACAGGUGAAUACAAAAUGGUGCUUGUGGUUAGAACAGAUCUUAAAAUGGGCAAAGGCAAAAUAGGAGCACAGUGUGCUCAUGCUGCAGUAGCAGCAGUUGAAAAAAUUAGCUAUGAUAAUCCAGCUGCAUUGAAAUAUUGGCAAAGACAUGGGCAGCCCAAAGUUGUAGUCAAAGUUGAUGAUGAGGCUGCUUUAUAUAAUAUAAUAAAGGAUGCCGAUGCUUGUAAUAUAAGAACGUGCCUUAUCAGUGACGCAGGGAGGACACAGAUUGCUCCAGGGUCAAAAACUGUUCUGGCUGUUGGCCCAGGUCCAGCAUCUGAAAUUGACAAGAUUACUGGACAUCUAAAAUUACUUUGAUUAACUGUUGUUUUUGUUAUUAACACAAUAAAG